AUGGAGACCUCAAAUGGGCAAGGGGGUGAAGGAGACAAGCCCCUAAAGAAGGUGACAGAUGCACCCUACUUAGAGAAGAGCUCCCGCACCACCCCUUCUGGAGACUCACUUGUACGCCAUGCCAAGGGUCUGGACCAGGACACCUUCAAAAUUUGUAAAGAAUAUCUAAGACCACUGAAGAAGUUCCUGCGAAAGUUGUACCUGCCCAGGGACCUUCCCCAGAAGAAGAAGCUAAAGUACAUGAAGCAGAGCCUGGUGGCCCUAGGGGACCACAUCAACACCUUUCUGCAACACUACUGCCGAACCUGGGAAAUCAAGCACUGGAGGAAGAUGCUCUGGCGAUUUGUCUCUCUCUUCUCAGAACUGGAGGCAAAACAGCUUCGCAGGCUCUACAAGUACACCAAGAGCAACCAGACAGCCAAGUUCCUGGUGGCGUUCUGUCCCCUGUACACCCUGGAGAGCUCCUUGCUGGCCAACCAGGAAGACAGCCUGCCCAAGCUCUGCAGUGCCUGGGGGCUGCACGGCAACAUCAGCGGCAUGAAGGAGAGGCUGUCCAAGAUACAGGCCCCUGGCCGAGAGGCCUCCCUGCUGGGGGAGCCAAGAUCCCAGAUCCAGGUCAUGAAAGAUUCUCUAAGGAAACUUCCUCACAAAACAAAACUCAAGAAUAAGAGAAUUAAGGAAGCCCCAGAGACUCCAGAGACCUGCCCAUAA